AAAAUCCCCACCGGUCAGCUGAUUCACACAAUCACUGUUUUGACAGUCAAAAAUUUAAAAAAAUUUCACAAAACUCACAAAAAUUCUUCACGGCUUCGCCAGAUAAAUUCGCAGUUAGUGUGUAAUGCAAGUGGGGCACAGAGGGGGCCGUUUAAUCAAACAAUGCUUAAUGACGACAAACAAGUCCUAAAUCUUUAAACAAACAACAGUCCUCGGAUUCUCACAGUUCACGGCGAUGGAGUACAGCACGGUCCGCUUCGUGGCCAAAGAUGGCGCCAAGAAGACCCCCACAGACCUCGAGGACGUCAAGGCCCAAAUCGCCAGGAUCGACGGCACCACGAUCAAAAUACCCAGCGAUCGCUCAUACGUCGACAUCACAAUACCUGAAGGAAAUUAUUACUUAAUACGGGACGCCACCCAAUCCCUCGGCUUCGAGCCCCUCAUCGACGAAAAAACCGAAAGCGAAGCCGUCUCCUUACUAGCCCCCACAGGUGACUACAACCCCAACGAACCCACGGUGAUAACAAUCGCCGAAGAUGAAACCGUCAAAAUUACAGUCCUGGGAAUGACGUGCCAGAGUUGCGUCCGCAGCAUAGAGGACAACCUCAGCCGGAAACCGGGCGUUUACAGCAUCAAGGUCAGCCUCCAGGAGAAGGCGGCUUUGGUUCACUACGACACGCGACAGCUGACGCCUGCGCAGAUAUGCGACUUCAUCGACGACAUGGGCUUCGAGGCGGCGCUGGCGGCACCCGGGGGCGGGGCCAGCCGAGAGUGUCGAAUACACAUCGAGGGGAUGACGUGCAAAUCGUGCGUCCAGAGCAUAGAAGGUAUGCUAUCCACACAAAAGGGCGUAACGUCAGUGUCCGUCUCGCUUUCGGAUAAAGAGGGCGUGGUCCGCUACGACCCCGCCCUGAUCAGCCCCGCCCAAGUCGUCGAGCAGGUCGACGACAUGGGCUUCGAGUCGCACGUGAAGACCGUCGACGGGCGGCCGGCCGAAGCCACGCCCGCGCGCCGCCAAGCCCCGCCCGCCUCGCACGACGACAUCAACGUGGAGAAGUGCCAGCUGCACGUCAAGGGGAUGACGUGCGGCAGCUGCGUCGCCGCCAUCGAGAAGCACGUGCAGAAGCUCCCCGGGUGCCACAAGAUCCUGGUGUCGCUGUUGGCGGCGCGCGCCGAGAUCCAGUACGACCCGUCGCUGAUCUCCCCCAACGAGAUCGCCGCCUCCGUCACCGAGCUGGGCUUCCCCGCCUCCGUGCUCCAGCAAUCCGGCGCCGGCGAGUCCGUCGUCGACCUGGAGAUCUCGGGGAUGACGUGCUCGAGCUGCGUCCACAAAAUCGAAACCAACGUCGCCAAAGUGCAGGGAGUCCUGAUGGCGAAAGUGGCGCUUCCGACGAAACGGGGCAAGUUCAAGUUCGACCCCGAGGUCACAGGCGCGAGGGACAUCAUCGAAGCCAUCAACAAAAUGGGCUUCCAAGCUAGACUCUUCGACCGGGAGCACGGCAACGAGUACCUGGAGCAAAAAGAGGAAAUCCGCAGGUGGAAAGCGGCGUUUUUCUUCUCCUUGGGGUUCGGCGGACCCUGCAUGAUCGCCAUGUUGUACUUCAUGACCCUUAUGUCCACCGGACAUAUGUCGCACGAAGACAUGUGCUGCGUGGUGCCUGGACUGUCGCUGGAGAACUUGAUCAUGUGGGUGCUGUCGACGCCGGUUUUACUCCUCGGCGGGCGCCACUUCUUCGUCCAGGCGUACAAAGCGCUGAAGCACAGGACUACCAACAUGGACGUGCUGAUAGCGAUGGCCACGUCGAUCUCGUACACGUAUAGCUUGAUCGUGGUGGUCGUGGCCAUGGCGCUCAAGCAGAAGACCUCGCCGCAGACGUUCUUCGACACGCCGCCGAUGUUGCUGGUGUUUAUCAGUCUGGGGAGGUGGUUGGAGCACAUCGCCAAAGGGAAGACGUCGGAGGCGCUGUCGAAGUUGCUGUCGCUGAAGGCGACGGACGCGGUUUUGGUUAAGUUGGGGCCGAAGGGGGAGGUCGCCAGCGAGACGUUGGUGCACGUGGAUUUGGUGCAGAGGGGGGACGUGCUGAAGGUCGUGCCCGGGGCCAAGGUGCCGGUGGAUGGAAAAGUGUUACAGGGCCAGUCCAUGUGCGACGAAAGCCUCAUCACCGGCGAAAGCAUGCCCGUCCUAAAAAAAAUCGGCAGCAGCGUAAUAGGCGGUUCCAUCAACCAGCACGGCCUCCUCAUCGUCGAGGCCACCCACACCGGCGAGGCCACCACCCUCUCCCAAAUCGUCAAACUAGUCGAAGAGGCCCAAACCUCCAAAGCCCCCAUCCAACAACUCGCCGACAAAAUCGCCGGCUACUUCGUCCCCACCGUCGUCUUCCUCUCCCUCCUCACCCUCAUCAUCUGGUCCAUAGUAGGCGCCGUGAACUUCGACGCCCUCCCCGUCACCGACCGCGAAAAACACGGCUUCACCAAAACCGAAGUCAUCCUCCAAUUCGUCUUCCGCUGCGCCUUGAGCGUCCUGGCCAUCGCCUGUCCGUGCGCCUUAGGCCUAGCCACGCCCACCGCGGUCAUGGUGGGCACGGGAAUCGGCGCCGUCAACGGCAUCCUGAUCAAAGGGGCGGAGCCGCUCGAGAACGCCCACAAAGUCAAAGCAAUCAUGUUCGACAAAACCGGCACGAUCACGAAGGGCCUGCCCGAGGUGGCGCGGGUGUGGCUCAAAGGCGACGCCCUCAGCCCCGCCUUGAUCCUCGGGGCGAUCGGCUGCGCUGAAGCCAAUUCCGAGCAUCCCAUAGCUUCCGCUAUCACCAAAUUCACUCGAGAAGCCAUUGGGAGCAAUUUGGGUGGUACUAGUUUGAACUUCCAGGCGGUACCGGGGUGUGGCAUGAAAGUGACGGUGUCCACCCUCGCAGGCGUGGUUAAAAACGCCAAAAACAACAAGGAGAUGAGUGCGAUAAUGUCGCUAGUGUCGUCUGGGAAAUCCGGGGUGUUUAGCUUGAACGGAGUCGACGUUGAAGUUAGUAACACCCAGAACUUCCAGUUGGGUCAGUUGAUCGGAAUGGGCGGGGCUAGAGAUGAAGGGGCGGGGUCUUACGACGUCGUGAUUGGAAAUAGGGAGUGGAUGAACCGGAACGGGUUUCUGGUGCCGGACGACGUUGAUAGGAGGAUGGUGGCGGAGGAGGAGCAAGGUAGAUCAGCUGUGUUGUGUGUGAUUGACGGGGACAUGGUGGCGAUGGUGAGCGUCGCCGACGCUGUUAAACCCGAAGCGCACCUGGCCGUCUACUCCUUGAAGAAAAUGGGGUUGGAGGUGAUUUUGUUGACGGGCGACAACCGCCAAACCGCCGCCAGUAUAGCCAAACAAGUAGGGAUCGCGAAAGUGUACGCUGAGGUACUUCCAUCACACAAGGUAGCGAGAGUUCAAAGACUGCAAGCAAGGGGGCUGCGGGUGGCCAUGGUGGGCGACGGCGUCAACGACAGUCCGGCGUUGGCGCAAGCCGACGUGGGGAUGGCCAUAGCCGCUGGGACCGACGUCGCCGUGGAGGCGGCCCACGUGGUACUUAUGCGCAACGACCUCUUAGACGUGGUGGCCUGUCUCGAGUUGUCGCGCAAGACAGUGAACCGAAUAAGGCUCAAUUUCAUGUUCGCUAGCAUUUAUAACUUACUAGGCAUUCCAUUGGCUGCUGGAGCUUUCAGUUUUAUCGGGUUUAUGUUGGCACCGUGGAUGGCGAGCGCCGCCAUGGCCUUGAGCAGCGUGUCAGUCGUGGGGUCAAGUUUGCUCCUGAAGUUGUGGAAAAAACCCACAGCGCGGGAAUUACAAACCGAGGAGUACUUGGCCUUGAGGAACGCCAACGACUUGGACAGUAUUUCGAUACACAGGGGUAUAGACGACAUCGAAAACUUGAACGGGACGCCAUCCAUGUCAAGGUUUCUUGGAAGGAAUAAGAGCGGGCGCAAGUUGUUACUGUCGAGCGAUUUAGACGAUGACGCUACCACGUAUGACAGGAAAGGGGGUGUUCAUGAACCACUGAUGACUUAAACCAGCACGAUUACUUAAGUCGUUUAAUUGUGAUAUCAAGCAUCAUUCAUUGUAACUGACUUCACAUACGUAUUUUUAGUUUCCACUAAUCUGUUACUGUCAAACAUCGAAUUUUUACUGUGUAUUGUUUCGUACGUAGGGGUAACCGUGCAGUACUUCAAAGGUGCUUAAUUUACUUGUAAUCUCAGUUGUGUAUUUUAAGAAAUAAAAUUAUUUUUAUUGAA